UCACAGUCUGGAAAAAAGUUCGUGACAUUAAACGAAUCUUGUUUAAUUAAAAGCGUGUAAUAUACGGUAUUCUUCUGUAAUAUCCAAUCGAUAAUUGGUCUGUGUAAACAAAUGCUUUUUCCUGUGCGUAUUUCAUCAAAAUUCCUCAAUACCCACGAGUCCAUACAUCGUCCAAUCACACUACGCCAAAUCAAAACUUCACCCCCCGAUCUCCACCCUUUUCUGAAGACGAGAUGCUGCCUGCAUAAUUGGUACCAUAAAAAUAAAUAUUAGUUUGCUAGUCUACUUUUAGAAAUUAACUAUGACGCGUAAAGAUAACCUACUCAACCCUGUACGGAGUUUGUUUCCGUUAGUUUGUAUAGUUUUAAUAUUAUCCACAUGUUGUAGUGACUUUCCGUGUUGUCAAGCUAGUGAAGUCGGUCCUGAAAAAUGUCUUGUUUGGGGUCCAGGGCUCGACCCAAAAGUCGUUUUGCCCGUCCGAUACUUCAUCAUCCAGGCUGUCAACUCAGCUGGGAAAAACUUCACCCUCUCUCCAGGUAAAGACUCAUUCAGAGUGAAGAUUGUCUCACUCUCACAGAAGGAGCAUGUCCGCAUCCACGUCCCCCUCCCCCUGGACAGAGGAGAUGGUUCUUUUCUGAUGAGGUACCGUCUGUAUGGCAGUAUCCUCAAGGGACUGAAGGUCGAAGUACUCUACAGAGACAGUCACGUUGCCAAGUCACCUUAUACCCUACAAGGCCCAGUCUAUCAUGAGUACUGCGACUGCCCAGAGCAUGAUGUUCCCACCUGGCAGAGCAUUAUGCAGUGUCCUGCUGAGGAACCCCAGAUCCAGAGGGACUUCAAUGCCUUCCCCUCCAUUGAUCUGCAGCGCCUCCUACAGGAAGUUCCCCAGCGGUUCUCCAACAGAGGAGGUCUCAUUCACUAUGCUGUCAUCAACAACCAGGUGUACCGUCGCUCGCUGGGAAAAUACACUGACUUCAAGAUGUUCUCUGAUGAGAUGUUACUAUCCCUAGCCAGGAAGGUGAGGCUGCCUGAUGUGGAAUUUUACAUCAAUGUGGGAGACUGGCCAAUGGAAACAAGGAAAGCAGAUGACGAUCCUGGGCCUGUUCCAAUCAUCUCCUGGUGUGGCUCAACAGACACCCGAGACAUCAUUCUGCCCACUUACGACAUCACUCACUCAACCCUGGAGACCAUGAGAGGCGUUUCCAAUGACCUACUGUCAGUCCAAGGCAACACAGGUCCCCCUUGGGCCAACAAAACGGAACAGGCCUUCUUCCGUGGCCGGGACAGUCGUGAAGAGCGCCUACACCUAGUCACUCUGUCCAAGAAAAACCCAGAGCUGCUAGAUGCUGGGAUCACUGGCUGGUUCUUUUUCAGGGAAAGGGAGAAGGAUCUGGGGAAAGCAAAUCUUGUUGGAUUCUUUGACUUCUUCAAGUAUAAGUAUCAGGUGAAUGUGGAUGGCACAGUGGCAGCUUACAGGUUCCCUUACCUGAUGCUGGGGAACAGUUUGGUGCUGAAGCAGAUCUCACCAUAUUAUGAGCAUUUCUACACCCAUCUGAAGCCAGGCACCCACUACAUCCAUGUGAAGAGGAGUCUCUCUGACCUCAUACAAAAGAUUGAGUGGGCUAAGGAGAAUGAUGCUGAAGCACAGGCAAUCGCUAAAGCAGGCCAGGCAAUUGUAAGAGAGCUGGUACAACCGAACAGACUGUACUGUUACUAUUUUAGUGUGCUACAGAUGUACUCUGAGCGUCAGACAAGCCGGCCGACACAACAUCCAGAAAUGGAGCUGGUGCCCCAGCCUUCAGACCAGAGUGCCCUUUGUAGCUGUCAGCGAGAGCCUCAAAUAGAUGAUCCCAGCCGGAAUAAGGAUGAACUCUGAUCAAAACACUUUGAAAGGAAAGAGGAGAGACCCUAGCUAUUUCAAUACAGAAAGUGCUUAUUAAAGGAAGAAUUACCUCUGAGAUCAGGACUGCUAGCUAAGUGGAUGUACCAACAUUCAUAUAGAGAAAUAUUCCAUUUGGUUUGAGCCAGAGGAACCAUGUCACAGCUCACUUUGCCUGGAAUAUGACUGCUUUAUUGACAAGACCAUUAGGCAAACAUCAAUUUCCACUGUUUUCACUGUCCUGUGUGAUAUUUUGUACUGCAUUUUGUAUGAUGGUCAUCAUGAUUGCAUUUUUAAAAAUUUUCUUAGAUUGCCUUUGAUGUUGUUAACCUCCUGUUUGACCAAGAUCAUGUAAUUUGCCUUGGUUAUUUAUUUUUAUUUAAUUUAACAUUUAUUUUUCUUGGCAAGUCAGUUAUAAACACAUUCUUAUUUACAAUGAUGGCCUACCAAAAGGCAAAGGCCUGCUACAGGGAUGGGGGCAGGGAUUAAAAAUCAAAUAAAUGAAAUAUAAAUAUAGGACAAAUCACAUCACGACAUAAAGAGAGACCUAAGAUGACGACAUAGCAUGGCAGCAACACGUGACAACACAGCAUGGUAACAACAUGGCAGAAGCAAAGGGUACAAACAUUGGGCACAGACAAAAGCACGAAGGACAAGAAGGUAGAGACAGCAAUACAUCACGCAAAGCAGCCACAAUUGUUCUAAGAGUGUCCAUUACUAUAGAUAUUCCUUGGAUGGGGACAAUAUGAAACAAUUUGUUGGCAUUGCUUUUUUUCGGCAUAAAUAUUCGUCUGGAAGAGGCUCUGCAGAGUGGUCACUAGCUGGCACAGCCACAAAGUCAUCAAAUCUGCUAACUGCUAACCAUAGUGCCUAACCCUAACCUUAAAUUAAGACCAAAACGCGAAAUGUUGUUUUCAUGAAUUUGUACAAUACUGCGGUUCAACCAUCUAGCGGAAAUCGCUCAAUUCUGCCUUCAGAGCAAGACUCGUGACAAUAACCUAUGAUUGUGCAAUUAAUAAACGACAUAUUUGCUUCAC